UUGAAAGCUAUGAGUUCAUUCUGUGUUUGAAGUCAGCGCUGGGACCUGUGAGCUCAAUCUUUAGAUCAAGGGAGCAGCAACACGUGUGCAGACCUGUGUGCCUCUGUUAGUGCAAAGAAAUACCUGCAAAGGAAAUGUGCUGUAUCUCUAACCAGCUUGUACAUCUAGACACCAGCAGCAGAUUUCAUAUUUCCAUGUGUCUCGCAGCACACAGAACAGCAAUGUCUGGAAUUAAUAGCAUGUCAAGAAUUCUACUGUUCCUCAUUAUCUUUGCUUCUUAUCUGAAACACCAAGUCCAGUCAACGGCAGUUAAAGAGGUCCUUCCUGGAGACAAUAUAACUCUAAACUGUGACAUCGAACAUGACAGUGAAACCUUUUGGUUUGUACUUUAUCCACAACAAGCUCCGAUUAACAUCUUUCACAAUGCUUUAAAACUAAUAGACAAUACAUCAAGCCCUGUAUACUUCAAUGGCUUCAAUGAGUUUCAUUUUUACCCCCUGCUGAACCGCACGACCUGGACUGUCAACAUGAGGAUAGACAAUGUUUCUCAGCAGGAUUUCGCUUUGUAUUUCUGCAUGGUUCGAGUGAUAGGAGAAAUGAAAUCUGGAAAUUUAACAAAACUUGUGUCGGCGCAUAACUCAACGUCAGAACCGAAAACAGAAACUAACAAUGCGCAGAACUCAACGUCAGAACCAAAAACAGAAACUAACAAUGGAUCAAACUGUGAGCUGGGCUGUAUUUUGCAGGGCUACGUCUCCUUAGUAUUUGUGGUCGUCUCCUCUGCCUUUGUCUGUUACUUUGAGAAAAGAGGAGGAAGAGGAAAGAGGUGUACAGUACGCUACUCUAGAUCUGACAACAACUCCAAAGCGCAAAAAGACAUGAAAAGGAGAGAACACGAUUCUAGGCAGUGACCUAUUUCUAUACUUAUAUAUUUUUCUUAAAUGCAUUGUUUUAGUCAAUCCAGAUAACGUCCCUGCAGAUAAUGCUGAAUAUAUUCUCCUGGCCCGUUUCAUGGAUGUUCUGUGAUUACGAUGUGCUUUGCGAGGACGCAGAGGUCAUCGCUGCGAUCGCUUCAUAAAACACAUCGCAAGUGCUGUCGCUUGUGGUCACCAUUUUGCGAUCUAUGUUGAGAAAAAUCAGUAACUACGGUAAUCAACUUUGAAGCACAGUGAUGUUAAAAAAAAAAAAAAAAA